UCACUGUCUCAGUCAUAAUUUUGCAAAGGUGGUUUCAGUGACAUCCCAGGUCUUCAGAACCAUCAUGAGAAAAGAGAACCAAGGAAAACUCGGCACGCAGACCACCUUGUGGCACACCUACUCCAGCUACUCCAUGCUGUCUGCGCCCCUCCCAGAACACACGUCUCACUGGGUCUACACCUAAUAGCUGUUCAUUUUCCACACUCUGCCUUUGACCCCAGCUGGUAUGGAUGGGCCCUGGAUUUCUGACCAGCCAGAUUCAACAUUUUGGUUCUCAGUCCUGCUUUCCCCAGAAAUUCUUCUGGCUGAGCCUUUUCCUUAGUAAAGGAGCCCUGGACCCCACCUAGGUCUGGGAACUGGAGAUCGGUGGCACCAGAACUUUCAGUUUCCUUUGUGAGUGUCUCUGAUCUGGCCAAGCCCUGGGAGAGAGACAGAACAUUCUAACCCCCAUUUUUAGAAAUAUUUUUAUUUUACACAAGAGCCACGUGUAGGAAGACAAUCUAAUCCCCCUUUGACAGAUGCAGAAACCAAAACUUAGACAACAGAAGAGGUUCAGGCCAAGUCCCAGGCUGAGUCGUAGCAGGGCUGGGAGGGGAUUCAGACUUAGGAGACCGGGGAGGCCAGCUGCUGGGGAAAUGGAGGUGCCCGGGGCAGGCCCUGGCCACUCCAGCUUCCUCGGGAGCUGCACUCAGCCCGCUCCAUCCUUCACCUGUUCCAGGACUUGCCUGAAGCCCCACCUUCCCUGGCCUUCACUCCGGAGAGAACCCCCAGACACCAGGAGGAAAGUCAGAGCCCAAGAAACCCACUAAGCUGUCAGUAGGACAGGGUGUGGAGCCGGGCCCCUGUGACAUGGACGUGUGUUUUUCUGUGGGGUGAUUAGAGAGGCCGCAUCAGUUCUGGUGUGUGGGCCCCUUCGUGCUACUGUGGAUCUGGGACCUUGUUCUCCACCUUGUUCUUUAUGUGUAUUGUGUGGUUUGGGUUGAAUUGAGUGUCCAUGGAGCCCUGUCUGCAAGGGGUGGGGCUUGGUAUCCACAGCCCCCUGGGGAGUUCUGGGAGGAGAGGGUGGAGAGGAAAGUGCUGGGGAGUUGCAGAGGCUUCAAACUGGUCCAGCAACUUGGGAAAUUGGGAGUAGGAGCCAAGAGGGAGAGGAGAGGACAAGUGGAUGGACAGAGGAACAGUGUGGACACCGGCAGGCAGGCGGACUCAGUGCUGUGGCAUGAACCUGCUGUCCAGUUGGAGAGCGGUGCUGCCCCUUGGCCCUCAGGGCAGGGCCUGGCCAUGGGCACAGCCACCCAGAAGUAGGUAGGCCCUAGAGUGCUGGGGCUGGGGCAGCCCAGAGGGAAUGGGGACCUCAGGCCUAGCCCUCACCAGCUGAGGAGCCUGAGCUCUUAGGGCCCCUCCCCAUGUCCCCCCUGCCAUCCUCAGGCCCUGCUGGGCUGGGCCUGCCAGGAGGGGAGAGAGUUUGGGCAUAGGACUGCCUUCCUGGGCUGGGUGAUGGGCAGUCACACUGGGCUUGGUGUAUAGAAAGGCCCCAUGCUCCAUCUGAUGCUCUUGCUAUCUAAAUUCUUUAUACUUUUGGAAUAAAAGCCUCACAUUCUCACUUUGCACUGGGUCCCACAAAUUAUGUGACUGGGAGGGAAAGGGAUCUGUGUCCUGACACAGGGUGCAGGCCAGGCUGGGCCAGCCUAGGCAGCUCCAUCUGCAGAGGCCCAUCUGCUGCCUGCCUCAGGGACCCUGAGGGGUGCAGGUGGUGGGGGCAAGGCAGCUCAGACCAACCUGAAUUUUAGGAUUGGUUUCUGCAACCUUGCUAUCUGCAUGGCUUGGGUCAAAUCACAUCUACUGAAUCUGUUUCCUUUGCUGUUAAAGGGGUUAAUACUGCCCAGCACAGGGGUUACUUGGGACAGUGCAAAUCCAUGUUUCUUGGCACAAGGCCAUUCCUUAAUAACGAGAAUGACUAUGAUGAUGAUGAUAAUGAUGAACUGGUUAUCAUUAAAUGGGGAAGGGCCUCAUACAGGGGGUUACAUAAUAAGUGCCUGUUUCCACUCCCUCUUUCUCCCCUCACCUGGGGCUUGGUAAACUUCUGGUCCUCACCCCCUCGACACUGGCCCUCUCUUGGGAAACAAGAACAGGUCCAGCACCCAGGUGCAGAUGUGGGCAGGGAAGGGCACAUGUGGCAGAGGCUUGGGUGGCUUUUACUGCCCUAGUGAGAGUUAAUACAUUACCUCUGCCCAGGCCCCCCUUUCGCAAUCCGGAGCUGGGCGUCUGGUUACAGAUUUACUUCGAACAAUGCCUGAUAUGUGGAGUAAAGUCCUCCUCCUUGGCCUUUGUAAAGUCCUCCCCUCUUCUCCUCAGGAACUGCUCAAACCUGUGCCCCAAAGAUGAGGGCCCACGAGGACCCCGAGGGCCCGACACAGCAUGAAUCCCCCAGGGACCCUCCGACCCCCCUACCCACAGAGCCUAAGUUUGACAUGUUGUACAAGAUCGAGGACGUGCCGCCUUGGUACCUGUGCAUCCUGCUGGGCUUCCAGCACUACCUGACAUGCUUCAGUGGCACCAUCGCCGUGCCCUUCCUGCUGGCUGAGGCGCUGUGUGUGGGCCACGACCAGCACAUGGUUAGUCAGCUCAUCGGCACCAUCUUCACGUGCGUGGGCAUCACCACUCUCAUCCAGACCACCCUGGGCAUCCGGCUGCCGCUGUUUCAGGCCAGUGCCUUUGCAUUUCUGGUUCCAGCCAAAGCCAUACUGGCUCUGGAGAGAUGGAAAUGCCCCUCGGAAGAGGAGAUCUACGGUAACUGGAGUCUGCCCCUGAAUACCUCUCAUAUCUGGCACCCACGGAUACGGGAGGUCCAGGGUGCAAUCAUGGUGUCCAGCGUGGUGGAGGUGGUGAUUGGCCUGCUGGGGCUGCCUGGGGCCCUGCUAAACUACAUUGGGCCUCUCACAGUCACCCCCACUGUCUCCCUCAUUGGCCUCUCUGUCUUCCAAGCUGCUGGCGACCGAGCUGGCUCCCACUGGGGCAUCUCAGCUUGCUCCAUUCUCCUGAUCAUCCUCUUCUCCCAGUACCUGCGCAACCUCACCUUCCUGCUGCCUGUCUACCGCUGGGGCAAGGGCCUCACUCUUCUUCGCAUCCAGAUCUUCAAAAUGUUUCCUAUCGUGCUGGCCAUCAUGACCGUGUGGCUGCUCUGCUAUGUCCUGACCUUGACAGACGUGCUGCCCACAGACCCGAAAGCCUAUGGCUUCCAGGCACGAACCGAUGCCCGUGGUGACAUCAUGGCUAUUGCGCCCUGGAUCCGCAUCCCCUACCCCUGUCAGUGGGGCCUGCCCACAGUGACUGCAGCUGCCGUCCUGGGAAUGUUCAGCGCCACUCUGGCAGGAAUCAUUGAGUCCAUUGGAGAUUACUACGCCUGUGCGCGCCUGGCUGGUGCGCCACCCCCUCCAAUACAUGCUAUCAACAGGGGCAUCUUCACCGAAGGCAUUUGCUGCAUCAUCGCGGGGCUGUUGGGCACGGGCAACGGGUCCACCUCUUCCAGUCCCAACAUUGGCGUCCUGGGGAUUACCAAGGUGGGCAGCCGGCGCGUGGUGCAGUAUGGUGCGGCUAUCAUGCUGGUCCUGGGCACCAUCGGCAAGUUCACGGCCCUCUUCGCCUCGCUCCCUGACCCCAUCCUGGGAGGCAUGUUCUGCACUCUGUUUGGCAUGAUUACAGCUGUGGGGCUGUCCAACCUGCAAUUUGUGGACAUGAACUCCUCUCGCAACCUCUUCGUGCUCGGAUUUUCCAUGUUCUUCGGGCUCACGCUGCCCAAUUACCUGGAGUCCAACCCUGGAGCCAUCAAUACAGGCAUUCUUGAAGUGGAUCAGAUUCUGACUGUGCUGCUGACCACGGAGAUGUUUGUGGGCGGGUGCCUUGCUUUCAUACUUGACAACACAGUGCCAGGGAGCCCAGAGGAGCGUGGUCUGAUACAGUGGAAAGCUGGGGCUCAUGCCAACAGUGACACGUCUUCCAGCCUCAAGAGCUACGAUUUCCCCAUUGGGAUGGGCAUAGUAAAAAGAAUUGCCUUUCUGAAAUACAUUCCUAUCUGUCCAGUCUUCAAAGGAUUUUCUUCAAGUUCAAAAGAUCAGUUUGCAAUUCCAGAAGACUCUCCAGAAAAUACAGAAACUGCAUCUGUGUGCACCAAGGUCUGAAAAAUAACUUCCAGGAAAGGAAGCAUGGUAUACAACAGGAAAAGAAAAUGACAUGGGGAACCAGAAGACCUAAGUCUGAAAUCUCAGCCCUGCCCCUAACUAACUUCUAUGUAAACUCAGAUAAGUCAUCUUUCUCUGGGAUUCAAUUUUUUGCAUCAGUUAAAAAAAAAACGCCGCGGGUGGGGGGAGAUGGGCCAAAGUCUGAGUCUUAGAGACUCGUACCAAUGUUAUGCUAUGUCUCUAAAUCUUUACUCUCCUAAGCAGACCUGUCAGCAUCUAGGAAGAACAGCUAGAAAUUUUCCUCUGUGGUAUUUUAGACAGCAAGUUGAUAAAAAUAAAAAGAAAUGAGGACAGGUUCCAGGGCCUGAAAUGUAGGUAUGCUGGAAGGCUUUUACAUUGAAUUUGACCCUACAUCACUUCAAGACUAAUGCAUAAUAUUAAACAUCAUGUUGAAGAAAUAA